CUCUCUCCUCUUCUUCCUCCUCCUCCUCCUCCUCGUCCUCCCAGAAGAGUAAAUCCGACAGCCGGUGUGCGAGUGCAGUGUGUUGUUUUUUGUUGUUGUCCGAGACCAUGGUGGAAAUUACGGAUAUCGUGUGCCUUGUCGUCCCGCUGGUGAUGCUGGUGGGGUCCAGCCACCAGACCGAGGCGAAGAGCGUCAAAGAGGCGGAAAAAACGGGGAAUUUCAUGGAAGACGAGCAGUGGCUGUCCACCAUUUCACAGUACAGCCGCAAGAUCAAGCACUGGAAUCGCUUCAGAGACGAGGUAGAGGAUGAUUACGUUCGUACCUGGGAUGAAAAUCAAGGCUCUAAUGACAAUGUAGACACCACCAAGGACCCUUGUCAAAAGGUUAAGUGCAGCCGACACAAGGUGUGUAUUGCCCAGGGCUACCAGAGAGCUGUGUGCGUCAACCGCAAGAAGCUGGAGCACAGACUCAAGCAGCCGGCUCUCCGGUCUCCUGACGGCAACUGUCAGCCCUGUCCCAUCUCCUCUACUGGGCCUGUGUGCGGAUCAGACGGGCACAACUAUGCCUCAAAGUGCAAGCUGGAGCAGCAGGCGUGUCUUACAGGGAAGGACCUGACUCUGAAGUGUUCAGGUCUCUGUCCAUGUCCCACUGCAGCCCCUGUUAAUAAGGAUUCUAAACAUGAGAGCUGUACCGGGCAGGAUCUGGCUGAUCUCGGGGAGCGUCUGAGGGACUGGUUCCAGCUUCUGCAGAGCAACGCCAAGCAGAACAACAACAGCAAGCCUGGGGCAAAAACCACUGCAGCGAGCACUACAUCAGUGCUGGACAGGAGCCUGGUGGCCAGCUGUAAGGACUCCAUAGGCUGGAUGUUUUCCAAGCUGGACACCAACAGCGACCUGUAUCUGGACCAGGCCGAGCUGGCUGCCAUCAACCUGGACAAGUACGAGGUCUGCAUCCGGCCCUUCUUCAACUCCUGCGAUUCCUACAGAGAUGGAAAAGUGUCCACGGCCGAGUGGUGCCUGUGCUUCUGGAGAGAGAAACCACCCUGCCUGGCUGAGCUGGAGAGGAUCCAAGUACUAGAUGGUGGAAAAAGAAAGUUUGGUCGAUUCAUCCCUAGCUGCGAUGAGGACGGCUACUACAGGAAGCAGCAGUGCGACAGGGGGGAGUGCUGGUGCGUCAACCAGGAUGGAGGGGAGGUUGCCGGGUCCAGGAUUCGUGGCAAGCCAGAUUGCGAUGAUGAAAUGGCAUAUUCGGGUGAUUUUGGCAGCGGGGUUGGAUGGGAAGACGAGGAGGAGAAAGAAGCCGAGGAGAAUGCAGAGGAGGCUGAGGAGGAAGAGGGAGAAGCAGGAGAGGUAGACGACGGGGGUUAUAUCUGGUAAAGGGCCAACCAACACGUCGUCCAAUAUCUCUACGGGAGCGUCUUUGUGGUUCCAAACAAACACACAAACAUAUACACUGAUCCUGCAAAGAGGAUGUUCUGAGGCUCUCAAACUCAGAACAACACCGGCUUAUGAAAAGGCAACAGGGAACAGUUGCAGGGGUUGGGGAAAAGGGAAGACGCAUAAGUUAUGGGAGUGUUUAAUGUUACAGAAUGUUUUAAAAAAACGGACCGGGGUAUGGGGUAAUAUCUGCAUUCAGGAGUUUUGUCCCACAUACUUGUGAAUCUUUGUUCUAUUCUGUAUGUCUUUUGAACUAUCUUUAAGCAGUUUUUAGCUGAUGCAUAAUGGAAACUUUAAGCAGCUGCAGGUGCUCGCAAAGAAAAAAAAAAAAAAAAAAAACAGAAUUGGAGACGGGUGCGUUUCAACAAUCUAAAUUGGCCUCUUUCAUCUUUCUUUUUCAGUAGAUUUAACAACAUUUUCGAUAACCAGUCAUGGUUUAAAAGGCUUAGACAAAGUUAUAAAGUGAGGGAGCCACGUCAGAAUAUUGAAAAGCACCCUGUCGACUUUAUCAUGUUCAUGUCAUACGCUUCAGCUCAUAUGUGACAGUAGUGCUCUGUCUCAUUCAAACUUUCUCACCCAUCACUCCUUAGCUUGUAUAUAAUGUGUGUAUCAGAAGACAGAUUGUCACCUAUUAGUCCUGUUAUGCCUUGAAAGACUAGCAGAGCAUACUGCUUAGUUGACAAUUGUACAUCGUGUCAUAAUGUGGAUCGAUUAUUGUGUUUAAUAAAAAAAAAUGAAUAAAAUAAAAUGUUCUAUGUGGCUCAGCUGGCCACCGUA